AUGGAGGCUUCCAGUGGCUACUCCAACGGCUACCCCAAAGCCCCGAAUGGCAAGAUGAACGGUCAUGCUGCUGUCGUCAAGAGGAGGACUCCUCCCAACAAGAAAGGCCCGACCUUUAUCGGUCGCUCUUUCAGCAUGUUUGCUAGCCUCACUAACAUCCUAUCUCACAGGCUUCUGACCUGGUACUCAAUCAUCUCGAUUCUUUUCCGCUGCCCUGCGACCCUCGAUGCCUGCGACGAGACCUCGCCCAAAAUUUGCAAGCCUUACUUUCAACUGAAACACGCUGUAUCACCCCACCUCGAGCCAUACUACGAUACUUACGCCGCCCCUUACGUCGAGAAGGCAACACCCUACUACAACAUCGCGAAUGAGCGUGUCUUCGUCCCGACCAAGGCCUAUGUUACCAAGUACGGUGCUCCUCGCUUGUCGCAGGCCCAGGCCUACGGCCAGGCAAAAUGGGAUAAGAACGUCCAGCCCCAGCUGGCCGUUUACCAGAAGCUGGCCCAGGAAAAGUACGACCAGACCGUCGCUCCCCACGUCUCCAAGGUUUCUGCCGUCGUAACUCCCUACUACGACAUUGCACGCACCAACGCCCUGCAGACCUACCAUGACGUUCUCCUGCCCUCGUACCGGUUUGUCCAGCCAUACGCUGCUCAGGGCUACGAUGUCGCUUCCGAGUUCACCACCCAGACCGCGGUUCCUACGGCCUACUGGGCAUGGAACAAGACCUUUGCCUUCCUUGACGCCACCGUGUGGCCCCAGGUCCGUGUCUUGUAUGUUGAGAAUGUCGAGCCCCAGCUGGCUAGGAUCGGACAGCGCCUUGGUCGGUACAAGAACAAGACCAAGGGAUCGCUCGAGAACGUCUCCGAAAGUGCUACGGCCAAGGCCUCCUCCUUCACAAAGCCGAUCUCUUCUGCCUCUUCAUCUGCCUCCUCUGCCUCUUCUGUAGCAUCAUCAGUCGCUUCCGAGAAGAUCUCCACGGCCAUCUCAAGCACGCCCAUCCCCAACGCUUCUCAGGUUGCAGACCACAUUGCCCAGGAAAAGUCGGAGCAAGCUGCGGCUCAACCCUCUGGCAAGGAGACGGCCUCGGAAAAGUCUACCCGCGAGACCAUCGAGGAAGACCUGCGCAGCUGGCAGGACAAGUUCGCCAAGGCCGCCGACGAGGGUGCCAGAGAAAUUGAGGACCAAGUUGAGGAGAUUUCUCGACGGGUCAUCAAAGAAAAUGCCGAAGUUCGAGGCAAGGCCCUGAUCAAGGAGCUCGAAGAUACCUUCAAGACCGAAGUGUAUGCUCUGAGGGAGAAGAUCAUCAAGAUCGUCCACAAGUCUGCCGAUGCCCCCUUGGCUGCCCAGGACGAACUGUUCGCAGCUGUGCGAAAAGCUGGGCUGGCUGUAAAGGAAAAGGCACAGAAGAUCCGUGCUUGGAAGGAUGACUACGAGGCCGAAGUCGAGGCUGCCGUCACUCAGGCUGCCGACAGCCACUUUAAGAUUCUCGACAGCAUUAGAGAUCUGGCGCUUCAGAAGAUCGGAAUGAAGUGGGCGUGGAUGGACGGUGUCACUUACAAGGACUGGGCCAAGUACCAUGAGCUGAAGGAUCGUUUUGCCGAGUGGGUGGCCGAUUUGAAGAAGCUGAUCGUCACUCACCCGGGUCUUGAGGAAGCGCGCGAAGCGUCCAACAAGGUCGAGGACCAUGCCAUGGCCGUAGCCCAGUCUGCCGCGAAGGAACUCGCCAGGCUUAAGCAGGUUGGCCUGUGGAAGCUGGCCGCCCACGAUGUCUCGGACGACUUUCACAGUGAAACAACCCGCCUUGCCGCUGAGGCAGCAAAGCAACGUGAAGAAGAGGCCGCUGCCGCCGCCAAGUCUGGCACUUCAACGCCCGAGGAGGACCCUCUGGAGUCCGCUGCCAGUGUGAUCGAGGACGAAUCUCCCGCCACCAACCUCGGCUCCAAUGGUCCAGCCAGCUCCGUCAGCAGUGCUGCCAGCGAACUUAGUGAGAGUCUUACCAGUGCCACUUCCGCCGCGUCCGGGUCAAUCAGCAGCGCAGCAAGCCAAGUCUCUAGCAAGGCGUCCAGCGCUUUGUCCGACAGCUCAUCCAGCACCGCCGAGCAUCCCGACCUGGCAUCCACCAUUCUUCCUGGCGACGAUCAGACCCUCAUCGUUGAUAAUACCGGCACUACUCCCGCCGGUGAUGAGGAAGAUGCUGUCCCCGGUGAGAAGCUGGAAGAGGAGAUCAUCGCGGAGUCUGUGGAGGACAAGCCCGUCUCCGCCGAGACCGAAUCGGUCAAGCCCGCUUUCUUGGGAGUGGCUGCUUCAUCUGUUUCUAGCAAGGGUCCAAUCUUGGACGAGGAUAUCGACGUCGAGAGCAUUUCUGCCCGAGCCAAGGACGCUUACUCCAACGCUGUAUCCCAGGCCUCUGAGCAAUACUCUUCUGCCAAGGCUGCCGUCUCCGCCAAGAUUUAUGGCACCCCUGAGCCUGCGCAACAGAAGGUCUUGGCUUCAGCUUCCGGCGCGUACGCUGCUGCUAUCGCUGCUGCCAGCUCUCGCUUCGAUGAGGCCAUCAAGGCUGCUUCCAAGGGUGUCUACGGAACGCCUACCGCCAAGGCGACACCUUCGUUCGAGUGGGCCAGCGUCGAGUCCAUUGCUGCUCAACGUCUGAACGAGGGACGCCAAUGGGCUGAGCAACAAUACGAGAGCGCCAAGAUUGCGCUUGGCCUGGCCACUGCUACCCCCACUCCUUCUUCUAACGUCGAACGGCUCCUCGAGCAGGCCAAGUACAACUACUACGCUGGCCUGGGAGUUGCCCACGCCCGGUACUCCGAGUUCUUGGCUGCGGCCGGCUCUGCCCUGAGCUCCGCAACAGCUACCUCGACCCCGACCAACAUUGCUGGUACUGCUUCAUCCGUUGCAUCUGUUGCUACUCGCUCAGCCGAUGCCGUUGCGUCUGGCGCACAGAAGGAUGCCCUCUCCGUCGCUUCAGCUGUCAGCGACGGGUUCGAGGCUGCCGCGUCCAUUGUCGGCGACACUGUUUCCGCUGGUGUUCAGGAGGUGGUGGAUGCUGCGCAGGCCAUUGAAAAGGGCGUUUCAGAUACCUGGGAAGCCGUUGUUAACCAAGUCAGCAUUCAGAUCUACGGCAAGCCGACGCCGACCGCAUGGUAUGACAAUGUGUACAGCGGCGCCGGGGAAUACGCCGCUCAGGCUACUGCUGCUGUUGCGGAAAGCCUCGCCGCAGCAUCAGCACAGGCCACGAAGCAGUACGAGGACAUUAGCAAGCUUGUCUCCGAGCUUCUUGUUGGCAAGGAGCCUACCUUCUCCGAGAGUGUUCUGGCUCGUCUUCAGGCUGCUUACGCGACAGGCGCUGCCCAGGCCGCCAGCUUUGCCAGUGCCGCCUCGGCCACUGCUUCUUCCGCUGCCUCUGCUGUUACGGAUGCCGUUAAGGAGACGGUCCAGCAUGUGCGUGACGAGUUGUAA